AGAAGAAGAAGAAGAAGAAGAAGAAGAAGAAAAGCUAUGGCCCAAGCACAACCCAGCCUCGACGCGCUCCGCUCCCUCUUCGACGCCGUCCAGCGGCAUUUCGCCCACGCCGUCCCGGGCCUCGCGGCGCGCACCUGGGAACAAGCCCGCUCCGCCGUGGUCGCCCGUGUCCAGGAGCACCCCCGCGCCACGGCGCUGCAACUCGCCAUGGUCGUCCCCGCGCUGGUGCCCGGGUUGGCUGCGGGCCCGGCGCUGCUCGGGCUGGGGUUCGGAGGAGGGGGGAUUGCGGCCGGUGAGUGAUCAUCCAUGGAAGUCCCGCGACUUUUUGGGGGUCCCGAAUCGGAUGGGACUGGACUGAUGUGCACGAUUAUAUUGUCUGACUUUUUCCUUUGGGGGAAACAUUGUUAGGUGGUCUCGCGGCUUCGUUCCAGUCUUACUGGGGCGUCAAUACGGUUUUCUCGACCCUGCAGAGCGCCGCGAUGAGUGGCUAUGGUGAACCUAUUGUCUAUGGGAUUGUACAGGGCGGGUCGAUCGCGGCGGGGGUUGUUGCCGCUUGGUGGACUGGCGGUGGGGGUGGU